ACUUUCAGAGAAUCUUAAACUAUUUGAAACUCAACUUGUUGAUUUUGACUGGUCCCCUGGAUGCUUGGACGGCUAGGCCGGCUAGUGCCAGCUGCGGUCAGAUCAGUUCAAGAGUCCUUUCAUACACUUCAAGCCAGAACCUCUGUAAUGGGUAAACCUAAUGUUAUAUUUGUAUUGGGAGGACCCGGGGCUGGUAAAGGAACCCAGUGUGCCAGGAUUGUUGAAAGCUUUGGAUAUGUUCACCUCUCAGCAGGAGAUCUACUCAGGGCAGAACGGAUAGCUCCGGGUUCCGAGUUUGGUGAGCUGAUCGAGCAUCAUAUAACAAACGGAACAAUAGUUCCGGUGGAGAUCACGUGCUCCCUUCUGGAACGUGCCAUGACAAAGUCGGAGAAAAAUGAUUUCCUGAUUGAUGGAUUUCCAAGAAAUGAGGAUAAUCUGACGGGAUGGAAUAAACAGAUGGGAGAGAAGGUUAACGUAAGGAGAGUUCUUUUCUUUCACUGCUCACAGGAUAUCUGUACAGCUAGAUGUUUAGCUCGGGGUGCUGCAGGGAGUGGCAGAACUGAUGACAACGAGGAGAGUUUGAGGAAAAGAUUUGUGACUUAUGAGACAGCGACCAUGCCUAUUAUCAGGCAUUACGAAGCCAUGAAUCUUGUGAGUCAAAUUGAUGCUUCUAGGUCCCCGGAUGAGUGCUAUGCUGAAGUUGAAGAAAUAUUGAACAAAUUGUAGAAAAUGUUGCUGACACAACUUGCUGAGGACCACUGCAACUAGCUGUAAACUGCUGAAAUUAGCAGUAAACUGCUGAAACUAGUUGUAAACUGCUGAAACUAGCUGUAAACUGCUGAAACUAGCUGUAAACUGCUGAAACUAGCUUUAAACUGCUGAAACUAGCUUUAAACUGCUGAAACCGCCUGUAAACUGCUGAAACCGGCAGAAAACUGCUGAAACUAGCUGUAAACUGCUGAAACUAGCAGUAAACUGCUGAAACUAGCUGUAAACUGCUGAAACUAGCUGUAAACUGCUGAAACCGGCUGUAAACUGCUGAAACCGGCAGAAAACUGCUGAAACUAGCUGUAAACUGCUGAAACUAGCUGUAAACUGCUGAAACUAGCUGUAAACUGCUGAAACUAGCUGUAAACUUCUGA